GCAAAAUGUUUAUCUGUUUUUGACCACUUCAUUCAGCCGUCAUCAGAUGAUCCUGGCGGCGAAGGAACUGACAGUAACGACAGCGGGAAUAACCAGCGCAGCAGCGCCGCUUCCUUAACACAGGCCAUGGCAACUCAGCCGGUGAUAACGGUGGACGAUUUGGCACACGGGGAUCCCUGCGAAACGGCUAAACUGCGUCCUCUUCGUCGAUCCCAUAAUUCUCUGCAUCGACUUCCUAGUAACAGUGAUAUUAAUGGUCUGAAUGCUGAUGACGUUGCUUGGGCCGAUCCCGAUGAACUGAGAAAACUGCGCCGGACAACAUUUCGGUCGCAUUAUCCGCACCCCGAUUUAAGCUUAAUGCGCAAAACUUCCCUUAUUUCCGACCGGCUUUCUCGAGCGGAUCGGCUCCAUACACCAAUUACACCUAUCGACAGCUUAGUCGGGCAUACCAAUCAGAAUACUCAAAUUAGCUAAAACGGUACUGACAAAAUAUAAAAAAACGGUACUGAACUGGUUGGUUUGGUGCCUUUGUUGUUAACCCGCUGCUUUCGUAACACUCUCGCGCCUCCUCUGGCAACCGUUUCCGAUCUGACUGAAACGUUCUUCCUGAUACCAACCAGAUUCCGCACAAAGCGCACUAGUCGCAUUGCGCACUUUCUGGAUAACAUCUUUUCCAUGGGCAUCGUAAUUCCUCUGAUUACCAGUACAUGGCGCGGCGUGUGGUAUUUACUGGACUGGCUGAUCGUCUUUCCUGCGGAUGUGGUGGCGCCGGAAAGACAACUGUUCUGGUCGUACAUGAUCUCCACUCUAUCCGGAUUCGCAAUCGCUGUGAUUGCUGUUCUGCUACAAAACCAUCUUCCGUAAUUUCUGCUUAUCUGGAGCAACAAGGACGAUGGUUAAGCAAAAUCGUAUUCGAAGACAUCCUAAUGGCGGUAGCCACAUUCGCCAGUAUUGACCUGUGGAGAGGAGUGUGGGGGCUGUAUGACGAAUACUUUUUCCCAUGGGAUAUUGUGACCUCAGCCUGGUUAAGUCACAUCUUCGGCUUCUUUGGAUUGGCGCUUAUGUUCCACUCUAACUCGGCUGUGAUGAAAGGGUUCCAGUACGAUGGAGAACAUUCUGAUGGAGCCGGAUGUUGGUUCCCUGCAAAAUGUUUAUCUGUUUUUGACCACUUCAUUCAGCCGUCAUCAGAUGAUCCUGGCGGCGAAGGAACUGACAGUAACGACAGCGGGAAUAACCAGCGCAGCAGCGCCGCUUCCUUAACACAGGCCAUGGCAACUCAGCCGGUGAUAACGGUGGACGAUUUGGCACACGGGGAUCCCUGCGAAACGGCUAAACUGCGUCCUCUUCGUCGAUCCCAUAAUUCUCUGCAUCGACUUCCUAGUAACAGUGAUAUUAAUGGUCUGAAUGCUGAUGACGUUGCUUGGGCCGAUCCCGAUGAACUGAGAAAACUGCGCCGGACAACAUUUCGGUCGCAUUAUCCGCACCCCGAUUUAAGCUUAAUGCGCAAAACUUCCCUUAUUUCCGACCGGCUUUCUCGAGCGGAUCGGCUCCAUACACCAAUUACACCUAUCGACAGCUUAGUCGGGCAUACCAAUCAGAAUACUCAAAUUAGCUAAAACGG